AUGAAGCAUCGUGACUCCGAAGAGCGGAGUGAUAAAGGCUACUUCGGCUAUUUGAGCGGCGACUCAGUGUGCGGCGAUUCGGCAAUUCGAAGGCGCCUUGCUCCGUCUGCUCCAUGUCGGGCGCCGCUGGACGUCCAUAUGAACACAUCUGACAGCAAGCUCACAAGCCAGGCAACUCUUCUUCACCUCGCAGUCCAACGCUCGGUUCGAAGCAUGCGAGCCAAUAAAUAUAGCAAAGCCAUGCCGCUGCUGCUCUCCCACCGAGCUGGUCCCCCGCACACGACUCAGCCACAGGGUCCAGGGCUGAAUCAGGGGAGCGCUGUGGGGAACGCAGAAGACGACGACGUCACGCUGCAAACGUCGUCUUGCCUUGACCCUAAUCUGUCCUCACGCAGAGUGCUUGCCCCUGGACCUCGUCGUCGACGAUUUCGUGCAAGGAAAAAAGAUUGCCAGCCACUUAGAGGCCUGCGACCUGUCACUCACUGUUCAUGUGCUAAGCAAGACCGGUCCAUUUCGUACUUCGUGCUGAAGCCUCCCAACGGCCGUGCGUGCACGCGAUCGGCGUUGAACGAUGUCGCUUCCCACUCGACCCAGUGCCGACGACCUGUCGAACCUUUCUAA